AUGGCAGAUGGGGGAGGACGUGACCUGAAACUGCAGGGACAGCUGGACUCCUCGCUUCCCUCUCAAGACCUCACACCUACAACCAACAACACCAACAAUACCUCCUCUACCACCAACAAGAACACCAACAAUACGUCUACUACCACCAACAACAACACCAACAAUACCUCCUCUACGACCAACAACAACACCAACAAUACCUCCACUACUACCAACAACAACACCAUCAAUACCUCCACUACUACCAACAACAACACCAACAAUACCUCCUCUACUACCAACAACAACACCAACAAUACCUCCACUGCUACCAACAACAACACCAUCAUUACCUCCACUACUACCAACAACAACACCAACAAUACCACCUCUACUACCAACAACAACACCAAUAAUACCUCCUCUACCACCAACAACAACACCAACAAUACCUCCACUACCACCAACAACAACACCAACAAUACCUCCUCUACGACCAACAACAACACCAACAAUACCUCCACUACUACCAACAACAACACCAUCAAUACCUCCACUACUACCAACAACAACACCAACAAUACCUCCUCUACUACCAACAACAACACCAACAAUACCUCCACUGCUACCAACAACAACACCAUCAUUACCUCCACUACUACCAACAACAACACCAACAAUACCACCUCUACUACCAACAACAACACCAAUAAUACCUCCUCUACGACCAACAACAACACCAACAAUACCUCCUCUACCACCAACAACAACACCAACAAUACCUCCUCUACUACCACCAACAACACCAACAAUACCUCCUCUACUACCAACAACAACACCAACAAUACCUCCUCUACCACCAACAACAACACCAACAAUACCUCCUCUACCACCAACAACAACACCAACAAUACCUCCACUACCACCAACAACAACACCAACAAUACCUCCUCUACCACCAACAACACCAACAAUACCUCCACUACCACCAACAACAACACCAACAAUACCUCCUCUACCACCAACAACACCAACAAUACCUCCUCUACCACCAACAACAACACCAACAAUACCUCCUCUACGACCAACAACAACACCAACAAUACCUCCUCUACCACCAACAACAACACCAACAAUACCUCCUCUACCACCACCAACAACACCAACAAUACCUCCUCUACUACCAACAACACCAACAAUACCUCCACUACUACGAACAACACCUCCACAAACACCAACAACAACACCUCCACUACCAAAACCACCAACAACAUCUCCACUACCACCUCCACUACCACCUCCACUACUACCAACAACAAUAACACCUCCACCACCAACACCUCCACUACCACCAACAUCAACACCUCCAAUAACACCUCAACUACUACCAACAAUAACACCUCCACUACCACCACUGACAACAACACUUCCACUACCACCUCCUUUACUACCAAAAACAACACCUCCACUACCACCACCACCACCAAUAGUAACUCCACUACCAACACCACCAACAGUACCUUCACUACUACCGACAACAAUAACACACCCACUACCACCACCACCAACAACACCUCCACUACCACCAACAACAACACCUCCACUACCACCAACAUCAACACCUCCAAUACCACCUCCACUACCACCACUGACAACAACACUUCCACUACCACCUCAUCUACUACCAAAAACAACACCUCCACUACCACCACCACCACCAAUAGUACCUCCACUUUUCACCACCACCACUCCCACUACCACUGUCACCAGUAACAGUACCUCCACUACCACCACCAUCAGCACCACCAACAGCAUCUCAACCGACACUUCCACUACCACCACCAACAACACUCCCACUACCACCACCGACAACAACAACACCUAUACUACCAACAACAACACCUUCACUACCACCUACACUACUACCACCAACAACAACAGCACCUCCAUUACCACCACCACCAACACCUCCAAUACUAUCAACAAAGUUUCAAAGUAUCACACUCCUAUCAGAAAUACUUAACCAUUCCAAAUUCAAUUUGUUAUUUCAAAACAUUAUAUAUCUUUCUUUCUUUCUUCCUUUUUUUCUUUCUUUCUUUCUUUCUUUCUUUUUUGUCUUUAUUUUUUCCUCCCUUUUUUAAUUUUUUUAUUGCAGACUAUUAAUGGUUCUUAAUUUUGCCUAUUUAUUAGAGCAGGAGGGAGGGGGUAUUUUUUGCCUGUUUUUAAA